AAUGUGUCAGCCGUCGGCGCCGACGACAAAUCCACUGCUGUCAUGCCCGCCUCCUCCCUCGUUGUUGGGAGAAUCCAGCCUGACCUGCCCGGCCCAAAACGAAAGCUGCGUCUGCGCUUCUUCUCUGGUCUCAUGAAUUAACGACGCGCCACAGCUGUCUCGAAAACACCACCACCCCCGCGGGGCCCGUAGAGCAAGAAAGAUGGCUACCGACCCUCCUCCCCAGCCGGGCCAGCCGCCGCUGGCCAACGGAGUCGCGGGGAAGAAGGCGGCUGCCGCCAACGAGAGCGGCGCCACGAAGCCGACAGGCGCGCUGACGCGAAACGGCGACGCCGGCGCCGACGCCGACGCCGACGCCGACGCCGACCCGGGCUCCCUGCGCCGCGUCUGCCUCGACGCCCAGCGCAAGGUGGCCGCCUUCCUGGCCGAGGACCCCGCGACGGAGCAGCUGCGCGCCCUGCAGGGCCAGGUGCACACGUCACUCGGCGUCAUCGACAAGGCGCUCGAGGACUACCGGCCAGAAGAGCUCUCCAUCUCGUACAACGGCGGCAAGGACUGCCUCGUUAUGCUGAUCCUCAUCCUCGCGUGCCUGCCACGCCACUUUGCUGCGCCCGAGCAGGCUGCCGCCACCCCGUGUGCGCCGCGGAGCCCCUCGGCUGACGACUCGGCAACGCCGCCGGCACAGUCAGCAACGUCGACGUCCACACCACCCCGACAACAACAACAACCGCCACCACAACCACCACAACAAAAACAGCCGCCAGCCAACAGCAACAGCAACGGCAACGGCACCGCCGACGCCCUGCCGCCCUUCCCCGACACGCUCCAGGCCGUCUACGUGGUGUCGCGGCACCCCUUCGCCGAGGUGGACGAGUUCGUGGGUCGCACGGGCGCCCAGUACCGACUCUCGGUCGAGCGCGUGGCCCAGUCGAUGCGGCCCGCCCUGCACGCCUACCUGGCCUCGCGGCCCGCCGUCCGCGCCGUCUUCGUCGGCACCCGCCGCACCGACCCGCACGGCCAGGACCUCACCCACUUCGACCCCACCGACCCCGGGUGGCCGCCCUUUGUGCGCGUCCACCCCGUCAUCGACUGGCACUAUGCCGAGAUUUGGGCUUUCAUCCGCCACCUCGGCAUCCCCUACUGCGUGCUGUACGAUAGGGGCUACACCUCGCUCGGUGGCACGACCGACACCACCCCCAACCCUGCGCUCAAGCGCGCCGGCGCCGGCGCCUCGGAGACAUUCAGGCCCGCCUACGAGCUGAUGGCGGACAACGAAGAACGCCUCGGCCGCGACAGGUGACCUUGCCCGGCCAUCUGUGUCGUGCCCUUUGUUUGCCCCUGUUUCUCCUGGGCUUUUGUGCUUGUCCCAGGAAAGAGCAAGAGCCGCUCUUUCUGUUUGGCAGAGCCAUGAAAAGACUAUUACAUACGCAGGGUUGGCCCAGCUUGUGUCAGGUUACAUACCACGCAUCUCGUUCGCUUUUCAUGAAGAUAAUUCUGGCUCUAGAAUUGCGUCAUUUUUAUAGACUAGCACAAUAAACAACAAAAGAGUUGCAGGUACGGUGC